AUGAGCAAGAACAACGGAAACACCAAGAAGACACCUCUCCUCACCCAUCUCGUCGCCGGUGGUGCUGCUGGUUUUAUGGAGGCCUGCACUUGUCAUCCUCUCGACACCAUCAAAGUCAGAAUGCAACUCGCCAAGAAUGUCCAAAGAAGCGCUGCUGGCAAGCGUCUUGGUUUCAUCGGUGUAGGUGUUAAGAUCGUCAAGACCGAAUCAUUCUGGGCUCUUUACAAGGGUCUCGGUGCUGUUGUUUCUGGUAUUGUCCCCAAGAUGGCCAUUCGAUUCAGUUCUUUCGAGCUCUACAAGGAGUGGAUGGCCGAUGAGAACGGUCAUGUGAGCACCGGAUCUGUAUUCCUUGCUGGUCUCGCUGCCGGUACCACCGAAGCCAUUGCCGUCGUUUCUCCUAUGGAUUUGAUUAAGAUUCGCCUGCAGGCUCAGCGUCACUCUAUGGCUGAUCCCAUGGAUAUCCCCAAGUACCGCAACGCACCCCACGCUGCUUAUACCAUUAUCAAGGAGGAGGGUAUUACUGCUCUCUACAAGGGUGUAACCUUGACUGCUCUCAGACAAGCUACCAACCAGGCCGCCAACUUCACUGCUUACCAGGAGUUCAAGCACCACGCUAAGCGUCUCCAGAACCUCGAUGAGUUGCCCUCUUACCAGCAUCUUAUCUUGGGUGGUGUUUCUGGUGCUAUGGGUCCUCUUUCUAAUGCUCCCAUUGAUACCAUCAAGACUCGUAUCCAGAAGUCCAGUGCCCCUGGUUCUGGAUGGGACCGCUUCAAGUUUGUCACAACUGAGAUCAUGCAGAAGGAAGGUCCUCGCGCAUUCUACAAGGGUUUGACACCUCGUCUGUUGCGUGUUGCCCCCGGUCAGGCUGUCACCUUCAUGGUUUACGAGAAGGUCAAGUCAUGGCUUGACUUGGUUAACGACAAGGUCUCCGAGAACGAGACUGUCAAGCUUACUGCUCAGAAGUAA